AUGCCUAAUGGUAGCUUGGACACUCACCUCUUUGGGAAAAGACCACAUCUCUGUUGGGACUUAAGAUACAAAGUAGCUCUUGGUCUAGCCUCGUCGCUGUUUUAUCUUCACGAAGAGUGGGAUCGAUGCGUAUUACAGAGGGACAACAAGGCAAGCAAAAUCAUAUUGGACACCAAUUUCAAUGUUAAGCUAUGCGACUUUGGGCUAGCUCGAUUAAUGGACUAUGAUAUAGGUUCCCAUACAACAGGAUUAAUUAGUCAGAACUUUUGGCUACAUAUGGCUCCUGACAGGAAGAGCCAACAAGGCAACAAGAGCAAGGAAUCUGACAUAUAUAGCUUUGGAGUUGGUAUACUAAAAAGUCACAAGAAGGCAUUGAGGCUAAGAGUCUUGUUGAAAGAGUGCGGCCUGGGAUCCGUUUGGAAGACAACAACUUUUGUCAGCUAUGGAGAGAUAUUCGGUGAAGAGUAUAAUAAGGAACAAGCUGAUCCUAUCUUGUUGUUGUGGGGGGUAUGGUGCAGUCAUCCUGACGGAAACUCGAGGCCUUCUAUAAGAGAAGCCACCCAAGUCCUGAACUUGGAGUCGCCAUUGCCUUAUCUUCCACAGAAGAUGCCAGUUCCUAUGAAUCACAUCUCGCCUACUUGUUUCACAGUUAGCUCAAGUAGGGGGUUGGGUUCAAGUUACGUUCUCAAGUUGGUCACUAACUCUCAAUAUGCUGCAACUAAGAGCAUGAUUAUCCCAAAGACCCAUUUGGGGGUUCUUAAUUAA